CAUAUCAUUUCCCUUUGCGAUCCUUUCAAUAUAGACCCUCCGAUUUCAGAUUUUUCCCUCGUUAACCGUUUUCUAACCGUUUUUCUUCAAACAGUUUCCACUCUUUCUCUUCGUUUCUAUAUUUCAGAUCCAUUUUCUUUCUUUCUUUUUUCCAUUUUCAUUUUCUCUCUCUCUCUAAUGGCAAAGGCAAGAUUAUCUUUUCUCUCUCUCAUGCUACUCACUCUUUCACUUCAUGUGAACACCGAUUCCUCGCCGGAAUCACCGUCACCGCCGGCUGAUACUCCAUCUCCUCCGCCAAUACCGGAAUCACCUUCACCGCCGGCUGAUACUCCAUCUCCUCCGCCAUUGCCGGAAUCACCGUCACCGUUACCUUCAUCGGCUGAUACUCCAUCUCCUCCGCCAUUGCCGGAAUCACCGUCACCGUUACCUUCAUCGGCUGAUACUCCAUCUCCUCCGCCAUUGCCGGAAUCACCGUCACCGUUACCUUCAUCGGCUGAUACUCCAUCUCCUCCGCCAUUGCCGGAAUCACCGUCACCGUUACCGACAUCGGCUGACACUCCAUCUCCUCCGCCAUUGCCGGAAUCACCGUCACCGUUACCGACAUCGGCUGACACUCCAUCUCCAUACUAUCCUCCGUCCAACCCCCCUCUAGGUUCGUCGCCGCCAGCGCCGCCUCCACUAAAUCCGAGUCCAGUUUCCACUCCGGCUCCUUCGCCGGAGGAUUCUACUUUAAUAAACCACGUCGGCCUUGAUGAGAAAACAGAUGAUUCAUCGGCAGAAGGAAUGAGUGGAAGCAAGAAAGCAGGGAUAGCGAUCGGAAUAAUAGUGGCGGCGAGCGUGCUCAUGUUAGCAGGGAUGGUGUACAAGAAACGGAAACAGAAUCUACGGAGAAAUCAGUAUAAUUACGCCGUGAGGAGAGAUAUCAUGUAAAGAAUAUACUAGUAGAUGUUGUUGUAUUUGUAUAAGUAACUUCAUUUGUAUCGAGGUUAUUAUACUUUUCCUCUUA